AUGGCUACGAAACAGAAAAACGAUCCAUCUCCCCAACUGUAUACGUCCACGAUAAGUAAUGCCAUAAAUAGGUAUUCGCUUAUGGGGACAGCAGAUCCACAUUGUGGGAGUUUCGAACUCACCCGAAAUGCCUCACAGGGGAAGGAUGCCUCAAGCCAUAGCGAUUGGACAAUCCUACAGGGCGAUACAUCUGAUGAAGAGGGAGAGUUACAGACAUAUACCUCCAUAGUCUUUGUAGGUGCUACCAAUAAACCCAUAGGCCGGAGCGCUACAGAAGGGGAAUAUGCCCCCUACAGAUGGAGGGGGGAGAUUAAAGAUUCCCCAAAGGAAAGACCCAUGAAUAUCCUCCUAAACAAGCAAGCUGAACAGGAAGAAGACUGGAUUAAACAUAUUUUAAAAAUUCUUCUAAGCGCGGAAGAGGCAAAUAAAUACAAGGACUUGCAACAUGUAGUGAAAACGAUUGAACAUGAGGAGAUAAAGGAGCUAGUCUUGUAUCAUUCUAAGGUAGUUCUGUCAGAAAUUAAAAAUAUAUAUACAGUAUUGGGGGGAAUAGUAAAUGGUGGUGGCUGGGGGGGGUACAAAGGAACUUUGGAUGUUUCACCUCAGGAAGGAAAACGAUUGCAGAAGUUAAGAAGCAGGAGAAGGAAACACAAUUUAAGGGUUAAAAAAUAUUAUCUAUUGAAUCGAUAUUAUAAGAGACUCUGCAGGAUAUACGAGGAAGAAAAUUCUCUCUUGCGACAGUUGUGCAUUGGGCAUCGGGUUGGGAAUACAAGGGAGGUUGAAGUACUGGUCAAUGGGCUCAAAAAAAAAGGCACGAAGAACCUUCUGGUAAAAUGCGGAAUCACGUACCAAGCUAAAGUAGGGAGAAACUUUCCCGUCCGGAUAAAGCCAAAAUGGAAAUGGAUCCGAGGUGCAGAAAAAAGGGCAAGUAAGCCCCGAUUAAAUCUGAAAAAAGGUACUCGUAUUUUCCGCUUUAUCCCCCAUGUGGACAUGGCCCAGAAUCAGUCUGACGGUGAAUUUGUCUCGGAGGAGGGAAGUGAACCUAAUGGAGAAAACCAAAGCAGUCAGGUAGGAUCGCUAAAGAUGGGCACAUCGAAGUGUUACAUAUACGCGACAGAGGCGGAAGUGAAGAAUGACAACGAGAUGGUUACACCAAAUGGUCCGAAUGACAAUGACAGUGAUGGUGAUAAAGAGAUAGAGGUGGAGCUAAAAGAAGAAGAGGAGGAAUGCACAGAAGAGGUUACUCAAGAGGAAGAAUCCAAUCAUCAAAAGGGUGCCUCUGUCGGUGAAGAAACAUCAGCAGCUGUUGUGAAGGAGUUAAGUGGGGGAGAAAACGGUGUAGAUGUAAUGGUGAACGAGCAGAGUGAGCAGACAGAUGAAGUACCCGUGGAAGAGCACCCCAACAAGGAACUGAACAAUGGGCACGAAAAAAAGGAUAGCCAUCUCAGCGUAGCAAACAAUAAAUUGGAACAAAUGGACAAAUCACACUUUGUCGAGUCUAAUAUGGACAAGAGAACUAAGUUAAAAAAAAAAAAAAAAGUAGCAGAAAGGGGAGAGAAGGAAGAGAAAAAAAAGAAAAAAAAAAAUAUAAAUGUUCAGCACAUAAAUGUAGUUAAUGAGAAGGAAGAGGAAAAAUCAGACGAUCAAAACCUGCCGGAAAUUCUAGGUAAAACCGUAGAAGAGAAGGAGAGGGUAAUUCCUUCCCAGGAGGUUUACCACGAUUGCACUCAUUAG